CUUCCUAGGGUUUCUCGCGAUCAAUCGGGCUCAAUUUUUUCCCGAUCACUUGAAAACAGCUCAUGGAUUGGAGCAACGUGACGGCGGAGGAUCUGGUGGAGGCUCUUCGCGAAGUGGACUGGUCGUCGCCGCCGCGUCCCGUGUCGGAGUUCUUUUCCCGAUUCACCGUGCCCCGCUCGUACGCCAAAUGGAACAGUCGCCUCAAGUGCAACCUCUAUUACUACCGGACGAAUUAUUUCAUAAUGAUUGUUUUCAUUCUUGGUAAGAGAGAAAAGGACGAUGGUGAUGGGAUUGGAUUUCUUAGGAGGCCGCUAGCUAUUGUUGCUGCUUUGUUGACAGCUUUGAGUAUCGCGUUUCUGAAUGAUAGUUUUGCCGGUACCUUCAGCGAAAAGGUCACAAGAACUGUCAGACAGUUUUCUCCUCACUUGGCAGCUAAGAUGAGACCUCCCCUCACACCUGUUAUUCGGGGGCGCCCAUCUGCAAAACGAGCAAUACAUAUAUGUGGACAGCCGCGAUGGGUAUUUGUCUUGGUGUUUUCUGCAAUGAGUUUCUUCCUUUGGUUUGCUUCAUGUGGUAUCCUCAUGGUCUUAUGGGCUUUUGCUAUCGGACUUCUUGGUAAUUCAAACUUUCCUGUUAUGAUCCUCUGCCCUGUGAAUUUGUUGUUUCUAACUUCCUUACCUGCCACAGCCACUCUCAUCCACGCCAGCUUUAGAACGCCCAACUUGAAAGCUCGCUUGAACACAUUUCGUGAAGAGUUUCGUGCCGUUUGGCGCAAUUAUAGUGAGCUGUAG